CCGUCAUCACUCAUCACUCAUCACAAAAUACAGAUUUUUCAAUUUAGUAAUAAACAUUGUGUCUGUAUUUGAAUCAUAUAUUAGAUUAAUUAAUAAAAAGUAAUUGAAGAUAAAAAUGGACGAAAACGAAAUAUCCAUUAUAAGCAGUAAAGAUUUCGCCAAGGUUGCAGAGGUCUUGCAAAACUUUGUAAACAAGAAUGAAAAUAAGUUUGAUUUCCCACAUCUCUCCGAAAAUAACAUGCGUAUCUCCAUUUGGGCGGCUUUAUUCGAACACCUUCAAGAUAAAUCAGCAGAAUCCAUUCAUACUCUUUGUUUAGCUACAGUAAGGGUCUUGAGUCGUGACAAAACUGAGAUGGAAAAUCUCAUAUGUGAGAGGUGGAUGAUAACACUUAUAGAAAAAGCAGGAUUGUACAAUUUCAUAGACCCCAGUGAGGACAUAACAGAAAAUAUAAUUCCAUGCAAAGAAGUAGCAGUAGAAGCGCUUAAAUGCCUUUGCAAUGUUUCAUUUAACAGUGAAGUUGCUAGAGCUCUGUGUGCCCAUACAAGUAUUGCUCAGGGUCUUGUUGCAAGGCUACGGUCAUACAAAGAGAUACCUUAUAAAGAUGAUAUAAUGAUAUUUGAUAUGAAAGUGCUGUUUAUUCUGACUGCAUUGAGGCAAGAUAUAAGAGCAAAGAUAAAAAAUGAACUCCAUGGCAUGGAUUACUUGAUUAGCUGCUUGGGUGAGCUGGUAUCAGAGUCUUUGAAGGUUGAUGAAGCUUCAGGGGGGUUACAACAAAUAAUACUGACUGAUGAUCAAGUAGGGAUUGCAUGUGAGAUAUUGAAGACACAGUUUAACUUGAUGUACCACAGUGGCCCAGAAGAGCCUCUCACUGCGGAGGAAGAGGCUACAUGCUUGAAACUUAUGCCCGUCCUAACGUCGCUGUUGAUGGCUGAAACACACUCUUGGGAUAAGUUAAUGGAUUUGCACAGUAAUAUUGCUAAUUUGCUAACGAGUGUGCCUCCCGAGUUUUAUGAGUAUUUAACGCCAAAGUGCAAUGAUGGGGAGCCAGUGAAACAUUUGUAUGAUGGGAGAAAUAUGGAAGCCAUCCAUGGACUGUUGCAGUUGAUGCAGCAUAGAUUGACUAUCUCCACUACUACACGUGGAAUAAUCGAGAACCUAUCACCAAUACUGACGGUACUGAUCAAGAGUGCUCGCAGUGUAAGGGCGCAGAGGAAAUACCUUCGGUUGACUGUGUUGCCGCCAUUGCGAGAUGUGUCCCGACCACCGGAGAAGGGAACCACUCUUCGGAACCAACUUUGCAGACUAUUGACCACUCCUGUCACGUCGGUCAGGGAUCUUGUGGCCGAGUUCUUGUUCAUUCUUUGCAAGGAAAAAGUGGGUCGCAUGGUCAAAUACACUGGCUUCGGUAACGCAGCCGGUCAUCUCGCUCAAAAGGGCCUGAUGUCCGGUGGCCGCGGACCAGUUCAGUACUCAUCGAGCAGCGAAGACUCAGACACAGAGGAGUAUUUGGAAGCCCAGCCGAAUAUAGACCCAGUGGUCGGAUGCACUAGACCACCUAGGGCCAAUCCCUUUGAGAACAUGACUGAGGAACAGAAAGAACACGAGGCAAUGAAACUCGUGAAUCUAUUCGACAAGAUGGUGUCCCAAGGUGUAGUGAAGCCGGCAACCAUCGGGCCGGACGGGAAACCGAAACCUGUGGAACAUGUGUUGGAGAUGAGAGAAAACCCACCGAAUAGACCACAGUCUUAAAUAUUAUAUACUAUUUAUGUACUUUUUAUGGGAAAUGUUUCAGAAAAUAAUUUGGGUGUUAUAUAAUUUUUGGAUAAGUCAUGUGGUUUUCUUUAAUUUGAAUUAAAAUUGAAUUUCACAUGUGUAAUAUUCAAAUGCAAUGAUUUAUUUAUUUUAUUUUUGGUGUAAUACAAAAACGCAAUUAUUGAGUUAAAGGUAUGUCUAGAACCAAAACGAAGCAUUUCCUAUAAGUAUUAUUGAUAUGCACGAAUUUUUAAAAUAUAUCAUUGAAAUAACUUAAAAAGUAAAAAAAAUUGACACUAAAGUACGGCCAACGAGAAGCGAUACUAAAUGUAAACAAAACACAUGCAAGGUCAUUGGGAAUUGAGUAUUUGAAUAAAAAAAAUUAUUGAUUUUUUUAAUGUAUUUUAAAACCUUAUUAUUAA